AUGCCCAAGGAGCGGAGGCACCAGGGUUCUCCACCUGGUUUGGCGGCGCACCAGCAGUGUGACCUGGAAUCUGAUCUCACCGGAGCUACGUUCCUGGGCUGGGAGAGGAGCUUUCUGACUGCUGCAGAGACCAUCACCCAGUCCUGCACCUUUACCGGAGGUGCGGAGAACUGCUCGGCGCGCACCGGGCUCGGGGGUGUUCACGGGCUUCGCUGCCUCCGCUGCGCGCAGGACAGGAGUCGCCGGAGGCCGGUGGUGGAUUUCCUCCCCGCAUCUCACCUGUCCGUCCAAAGUCAAAUUGCUCUUUUCCCCGCCCACGCGGGCGUGGCAGCUGAUAUCCGGCCGCUGGGCGUCGCCGCGCCCCCGGGGGCCCCCGCCCUGCAGCUAUCUCCGCGGCCCACCCGGCGGCGCCUCCCUGCAGGGCUGCUCCCGCGCCCAAACCGCCGCGGCGCGAUGUGGAGCCAGCCCCGCAAAGCUGCAUCCACCCCCGAGGACCAGCCCCUCGAAGGCAAGCCCAGGACCUCCCCGGGCGGCUGCAGCCGUGAGCCACCCCUGUUCUGUGAAACACACACUCUGCCGUUUCAGGCCGCAUUUGCCCGUUGCCAUGGGCGUUUUCUAUGUUGACACAAGCAGGGACACGGAAUCCCUGACUUUGAGUUGCAGAUCGUGGGUGUUGGCGUCUCCGCUACGUUACCAGGAAGGACGGAAGGGGCUUCAGCCUCCAUUCUCACUUUCCUUCUCAAGGAGUUGGCUAAGCAUCAGGAGUUUUCUCUUAGGCUUCUCUCAGGUCCCCUUUCCCUGAGAGGUGAAAAGUUUCUCAGAAAGGUGAGCAGCUUUCUCUUUAUUCCCAGGGACCACUUCACACACCCCUUUUUCGCCUCCAGAGUAGAUGGAACCGUGGAACCAUGGAAUCCUGCCCUCUGGUUGUGUCUGUCAUCUCCUACUGGGACCAGAGCCACAAAAGCCACAAAAGACCCAACUCUCCAGCGUGCAGGCAUCCCAACUAGAGGAAGCAAGGAGGCAGAGACCAAGAGGACAUCAAGAGGCGUUUGAACCCGCAGAGAGGGCCUGGGAACACAAUGCUGAGCGUAGGUCCAACCACUGCUUCUCAGUGGGGUGGGAGAGUGGCGUGGGGAGAGUUGUGGGCAUUUAGGGUAGGACAGUGCCCCCCACCCCGCUUGGGAUUGGGCCGCAUUGCAUCAUCACUGUAACAGCACUAGCUGCCCCCGCCCCCACAACCCCUAUGUAUGAAAUGCAAGUAGCACCUCCCCAUCUUUGUGACAACCCAAAAUGCCACCUCCUGUGCCCAAGCACUCUCUAGUGAGGUGUUUCAUUAGGUUGAAAACCACUGUUAGAUCAUUCCUAAAAUAUAUCUCAAAAGACAUCAAUUAGUUCUUCAGAUAUAAGUAGGUGUUAUAUGAAAAGAGUAGCAUGCUGAUAUCAGUAUCAUGCUGGGUUUGGGAGAUGGUGGGUUAAAAAGUGGAACGGGAUUUACUUACAGGACUUCUCAGAACCUUUAAUAUAUAUAAAUAUAUGUUUUGAAUCACCAAGAGAGAGAUGGACUAUGCAGAUCCCCAAAUUUAAUUGGCCCUGGAAUUCUUUCUUUGUGGGACCCUUUUGGGUGGAACCCACCUUAGAUACCUCUGAACUACAUUUUGUCGUCCCGGGCACUCUCUGGGGACUUCUGUGUCCUUCCCGGUGUGAAGUGCAGGAGUGAGCAGUCAAAAGGCCCUUAUGUUUUUACUGAAUUGAAACACCUAGAAUGUGUGAAGAUACCAGGAAGGAGGCCAGAGCUUCAGGAAACCGCUGCAAAGAUGACCUCACAAAGAAACCAUUGUGGCAGGGCUCCUGGAGCACUCAAGUUGAUGUGACGUGUCCUGCUCCUGAGAGCACGCAACCCUGAUGGCGCCUUGAGCUUGCAUGGCUCAGGGAAAGGAAAAUAGCCCGGGUGUUUGGAAGAGAAGUAUGUGUGGAUGGAAUUAUUCAAAUGCUGAUGGAUGGAUUGGUUCUCCUCUCCUGCUGGCCCAGCAGCCUCUGCGUGGAAGGCUUUGCCCAGGAGAUGGGUCACAACAGCUCUGGUGAGACGCUGGAAACAUAAGCCCAGGCAGAUAUAAUGGCAGUGAGUCACAGUAAACCAACAACUAUCAGGUGCUCAGGAGGGAAGCUGAAGCCAGGGGACUCGCUGUGCUGAGCUAAGCGAGGAGCAGGACUCUCCUGUUGUGCAAAACACAAAGAGCAGAGUGUUCAAGUCCAAGGAUCAGGUUCCUCCAAAUGGAAGCCCAAGCUGUAAACGCUGAGCUCCAGGGCUGGCGAUACAAUCACCUGCCUCUGCCCAUGCAGGAGGGUACCACCCAAACAUACCCGUUUCUCCCGGGGCAUGGGCAGGGGCCAGGGGAGACAGGGCCCUACCAAUUCCCCUGUAAAACUGGGUGAGCAGCCCAGCGCCCGUCAGAGCCGAAGCACCUCACCUGCACCCCCGCCCCCGCCCCGCCCAGCCUUGUAAUCUGGGCUCUGCUCGCCAUGUGCUCUGUGCUAGUGAAACUGCCCUCAGAGCAGAAAUAAACUGUUGGCUGUUAAGUUUUUCCAGACUAACCGGACUAGCCAAUGCCUGAGGCUCUGUGUUCAAGAUAAAAAUGCCUAAGAAAGAAAAGAAAAGUGCAGGUAGGCAGUCCCCACUUCUCCAGGGCUGGUGGGCUCUGAGGAUCCUGCCUCAGCCUGCUGAACAGCCCAGAGUGGCUUUAAAAAAAAAAAAAAAAAGAGCCUGAACAACCUUUUUUUGCACAUGGGUCACAGUCAAGCUUCUUAAACUUGGAUGACAGUAAACCUAUGACUAACUGGAUAAUGAAAGCCACAAGUCUGGAGGCCUGGGCAGGGCUCUGCUCUGGAAUCUCCAGUGGCCUGUUCCGUAGGCCAGCGUCCCUGGUCCUCCCCAUAGCAGAAAUGGUUUCGUGAGUUGGAAACUCUCUGUGGUGACCUCUACAUCUUCUCAAGGUCGGUUAUCCACUUGUCCGUGGCUUCAUGCCCCCAUCCCACAUCCCUGUCCACUGCGUGGAAGGAGGAAAUCUAACCCACCCGCCGCAGUGCCCCCACACUCCCCACCCUGCCCCAACAGGAACAUGACAGAAGGUUUCCAACUAAAACCAAAGUUACUCAGCAAAGCUUCCUGCCAGGCAGCCGUGCUGGAGGGCGCAGCGUGCCUCUGUCUGCUCUUUCUGUUCUGUGAAACUUCUCUGCUGCAAGCACUUGAGAGCCUCUUGGCUUCCUGGGGAGAGUGGACUGAACUUCAAAGCAGACACCGCUGCAGCUAAGAAGCCCCUGGGUUGCUUCAAAGAUUCUGUCUCCUCCCAGUCUGAAGCUUCUGGUGAAUGUUUCUCCCUCAUUUCUGAAACAACAGAUAGAGCUGUUGAAGUUUACAACGUCCCCCAAGGCAUUUCUGUGUUUCUGCCUUUAAUCUAGGGCCCAAGUGACCACCCACAAGAAUGCCCCGAACCCUGACUGCCUCAGGAUGCGUCCUGCAGUUUACAUUCCCGUGGUGCCUCUGCCUUCACCUCACCCUGGUGCCCCCGCCUCCACUUCAGCCGUCUGUCUGGCCACCCCGCCCCCUCCCUUCUCUCCAUCAUACCAAAAAGUGCCCUCGUCCUCUGACGGUGGAAGAGGGGAUUCAGUUAGGAGUCGGAAUGACCUAUGUGAUUUUUGUACACUAUUCCAGAAUAGGUGUGUGGUUGCUUUAAAAAUAAAAAGAAAUGUGUCUUCCAAAUCUUUGAAGCCCUUUGAUUUCAGGAAGCCGUGGACCAUGUUUAGCCUGUGGCUCUGUGUGCCCCUUGGCUGCUGCUGCUUACUCCUGAGUGUGAAGCUGCUAACAUAAGAAACAAGAGGGACAUGGAUGAAAUUGGAAAUCAUCAUUCUCAGUAAACUAUCGCAAGAACAAAAAACCAAACACCGCAUAUUCUCACUCAUAGGCGGGAAUUGAACAAUGAGAACACAUGGACACAGGA